GUGCAGUAUUCAACAGUGUUUUGCUAACUAUCGCGUUUUUAUUCGGAAAAAUCAAACCAAAACAAACGGUGUGAAAAACAAUCAUCAUGGCUGAUGUUGCACUAGCUCCAGCCCCCGUGGCAGCUCAUAAGAAGGCCAAGGCCGCCUCCAAGGGCGAGAAGAAGGCGAAGAAGCCAUCCACCCAUCCGCCAGUCAACGAUAUGGUGGUGGCUGCGCUCAAAGCCCUCAAGGAACGCCAUGGAACGUCGCUGCAAGCCGUCAAGAAGUACAUCGGGGCCAACUACCAGUGCGAUCCGGCCAAGCUGUCUCCAUUCAUCAAGAAGUCGCUGAAGAGCGGUGUCGCCAAGGGUGCUCUGGUUCAGACCAAGGGAACCGGAGCGUCCGGAUCGUUCAAGCUGAAGGUGAAACCGAAGGCGGCUGCAGGUGAAAAGGCCAAAGCCAAGAAGAAGCCCGGUGUGAAGAAGGCGGCCAAGAAGCCUGGCAAGAAGCUAACCGCUGGAGUGGCAAAGCCCAAGAAGGCCAAGAAGGCGUCCCCGGCGAGAGCUGGCGGUGCCAAGAAGAAGGCUGCGGGCGCUGGAUUGAAGCAGAAGUCCACCAAGCACUCCAAGAGCGUUGCCAAGAAGCCAAGGGCCCCGAAGCCGAAGAAGGCCUCCGGAGCGUCGAAGAAGCCCGCCAAGAAGUAAGAUGGAUCUCUGCUUCGCGUCGGCGAGGUUUUCGGCGCAAGGGCGACGAUGUGGGAGAAGGUUUUUACCAUUUUCUUUUUUCACUUGAUAACAAUCAGUCCUUCUCAGGACUACCAAAUGAGUUAUGGUAAAGAGUUGAAGGAAAUUUUCCUGGCAAGGGGAGAUAAUGAGGGAAAUCGAGAUGGAAAUAAAUAUUGUACGUGCAGCUGAAA